GACAGCUGCAGUAGCCGGUGCAUACGAUCAGCCACCAUGUGCCGGGAACGGGCCACGCUUCACGCGUGCAACAAAGUUACGUUCCGGGAAAUUAUUUGUACAUUCAAACGAAACGUUCCAGCAGUACUGCUACUUUAAAACGCAAUUCUAACGACACUGCUCGUGACGAAAGCGAUGUUGUGAAAUUGAUUCCGGCCGGAAGACACCGGCCGUGCUUGUUACGUACUAGAAAAAGCCAACUCAUGAUGCCGACGGACAUUUCAAACCAGCCAUGUACGCAAAAACAGACCGAAGCUUUGUUUUGUGCGUCUUCCUCUUUUCAGUGCAGCAGCUCUUGAAUAGUCCAUGCGGCGGCGAAUUCAUGACGGCGGAUGAACUGCUGCGAACCGAUUUCACAUUAGCACACGGACGUCGAUAACCUUCGCCAAUGCGGAGGGCAGCCGUAUCAGAGAUUACAACGAACCCCAAAAGAAAAGAAAAAGUACUAUGUACCAUAGCAUCUAUAAAGCCGAUGGGGAAUUCUGCAGGAUGAUCCUGCGUACGUUUCGGGUGUGCCGUCUUGGAGGUUUUAUUAUUUUUAUUUAUUUUUUGUGUCCAUUAGGCUGAUACUGCUUCACCGGCGGGAGAAUGGACCGUGCCAGGCUAUUCGCGAACGAGCCUACACGCAGGCUGGCCGCGCCAAACGACCCGAAGGCUUAUCAGCUGACUGAAGCUGAGGUCCGGUUGUACGAUCGCGAUCGCGCUGCUGAGUGCUGUGUCCGAUCGAUCCGAUCGCUUCGUUCUCCGAGGACCGAGUUCGCCGAGAUAGUCUACAGCCCGCACACGUAAAGUAGCCGUCCCGAUCGGACUGAUCAAAUAGUCAAAUCCGGAAGGCUUUACUGUGCGCAACUGUUCCCAUUUUUCCCCCCGAUCGGGUCUGGAAGUUUACACUGCUGUGCUGUGUGGAGGGCAAUUGUACGGUCGUUCAUUCCUGCUUCCAUUUACCUGCUUGUGUAUAGUCCGACCAGUGUAUGAACGUGAAAUGAAACACCGCUAAAACCAAUCUCCAAUGUAGUUCGGGUUGGUGUUAAUACAGUGAAAAAUAAAGUUCAACUGUAAUAGAACCUUCAAGUGGACUUAAAGGAGCUCAUCGAAACGAAGAGGCCUUUGAAGAAAAACGUUGUAGUGUACAGCACUGAGGUUGGUGUGGGUUGGUGAACUAGUGUGUUUGCCGCAGAAUAAGAAAAAAACGCACAGAGUGUCAGUACCAAGCGCGGUACUCUUCACGUACAAAGAGGUAGCAGACGAUCGCUCCCACCCGCUCGAGAAUGCUUGUGCUCAAAUACGACAACUUUGUGCCGAUACCAAUUAUAGACAGCUCAUGACACAGAGUGUCUCUCUUAGUGCCGUUCUAAGUUUUGUAGUUAAUAAUCCAUUCUAAACGAUCGCCGACCAACAUCUUCAGGCUGAUCGUACCUGAACUGAGCUUUCGUUUGCACAGUUCAUUUGACUGGGCGAAAAUUGAACAAGAAUAGAUCAUCCAUUCUCAGUUUUCUCGGCUUGUGCUUCAUUCCAUCAUUAUAUAGGCUUUAUAUCAAGCAUACACGGGUUCUUAUACUACUAUCCGCGAUCCUUUGUGCUAAGUCUAUCCUGCCACAUUCUAUCUACUAAACUGCCUACUGCCAACAACUAAUCUUCAACCUUGGUUCGAUGGCUUUGGACUUUGCUGCCGGCUGUUUGGGAGGUUGUGCCGGUGUUCUCGUUGGCUUCCCGUUCGACACGGUGAAGGUGCACCUGCAGACGCAAAACCAUCGCAAUCCGCUGUACCGCGGCACGUACGACUGCUUCCGGAAGAUCGUUGUACGCGAGGGUGUCCAUGGAUUGUACCGCGGAAUGUCCAGCCCGAUGGCGGGCGUCGCCGUCGUUAACGCGAUCGUGUUCGGCGUGUACGGCAAUAUACAGCGGCGCACCGCCAAUCCGGACUCGCUGUACUCCCACUUCUUGGCCGGUUCGGCGGCUGGGCUGGCCCAGAGCAUUGUCUGCUCGCCGAUGGAGCUGAUCAAGACGCGCCUUCAGCUGCAGGACAAUCUACCACGCGCUGCGGAACGGUUCAGUGGACCGAUGGAUUGUACCCGCGCCAUCUGGCGCCGGGAAGGUUUCCGGGGCAUCUUCCGCGGGUUGGGCAUCACGGCUGCCCGUGACAUGCCGGGAUUCUCAAGCUACUUUGUCGCCUACGAGUACAUGGUCCGGUGCGUUGCGAAUCCAUCACCGUUCGUUAUCCUGAUGGCCGGUGGGCUUGCCGGUACCUUCUCCUGGCUCGUCACCUUCCCGCUCGAUGUCGUCAAAUCGCGCCUGCAAGCGGAUGGUAUCUCGGGAAAGCCACAAUAUAAUGGGCUAAUCGAUUGCGUGCGGAAAAGCCACGCCGCCGAAGGAUGGGCGUUUUUAUCGCGCGGACUCGCCUCAACGCUGCUGCGUGCCUUCCCAAUGAACGCCGUCUGCUUUCUGGUAGUAUCGUACACGAUGAAGCUGUUCGAUGAUCCUAAAGUUAGUAGCGUCGUUGAGGAGCUUGGUGCAACGGCGGCCACUGUCGAGACGCCGUUGCUGAUCGUUCCUACCGUUGUCCCGCAAGUGCCGAUCGCGACCGCUCCCAAGCUGUCGGUUCCUGCUCCCGCGUACAACAAGCGUGCCAGCCACCACGACCACGACAGUCACCUGCUAAGCAUCAAGCAAAACACUUACCGCUUCUUGCGAUCGCUCGGUGCAUUCAGCGAGGCCGUUUGCUGUGCCGAGAUGGGCGAGCUGACGGACGAUCUGUACGAUCGUGACGAGGCGGAACAGCGGAGGGCAAGCUACGCAAAGCUGAACGAGCUGCUGCUGAGCACCGAUCCGGAGGAUUCCAGCAAUCGGUACCCAUUUUUAGGCGACUAAAGCUCGUGAGACCACGCCAUGCAGAGAGCUUUCGAGUGCCACCAAAGACUUGUGUACAAAGAUAACGAUAGACUAAUAGAGUGCCGGAUGGAAAAGAGCCCGUGUAUAAAAAUAUAUAUUUUUAUUUAAACUCGAUCAAA